CGAGCCGCUGCAGGGUUUAACCUGAUGCCGCCCGUCCUGCCUCCUCCUCUGGGCUUGAACACCGAGCUCCGCCCGCUCAGAGCGGCUGAAUGAGCGCCAUGGGCAGGUACUUCCACAGCGAGGUCCACAUCCAGAGUCCGUGGCACCAGGUGCUGGCGGCCUUCUGGCAGCGAUACCCGAACCCGUACAGCGCCCACGUCCUGACGGAGGACGUCCUGUACCGCGAGGUCACCCCCAGCAACCACCUGCUAUCACGGCGACUGCUGACCAAGACCAACCGGCUGCCGGGCUGGGCCGAGCGCGUCUUCCCCGCCCACCUGUCGCGGGCCGUCUACGUCCUGGAGGACUCCAUCGUGGACCCCGACGCCAACACGCUCACCACCAAGACCUGGAACCUGAACCACAACACGCUGAUGACGGUGGUGGAGCGCUGCCUGUUCGAGGGGGACCGCGGUCGGCCAUCUUGGACCCGGCUGAGGAGGGAGGCGUGGAUCUGCUCGGCGGUCUACGGCCUGGCCCGGCCCAUUCAGACAGCUGAGCUCCCUCCUCAUCUCCACGGCAACCAGGGAGGGUCAUCAGGGAAGCCCCUCCCACCACCACCGCAUGCCACGCCCACCGUCACCCAGAGACCCGCCCUGCUCGUCUGCUGGCAGCGAGUCAGCACCAAGGGGGCGGGGCAUCACGUCAGUUGUGAGGAUAAAUCCUUGGGGCUGGUUAGACAUCUUUGUAGUUUACUGCUGUCCUCAUCUCACAACAUUAUUACUGUAACUGAAAAAUAUGCCAAAUUUUCAAAGUAAAAGCCUGACCUGAUUAAAUACUUUGUUGUCGUCACUUUUUAUAUUUUUACACAAACGCUGUUUUUAUUUUGCAGUAUUCUCCAAAUGAUUUCAGUCGCGCUGGUUUUCUUUACACAUCGUUGAUUUAAUCUCUGUGUGUUGAUGGUGUUUGUAGAAUUAUCGGGAACAGAUGCAUCAUGGGAGUAGUUCUUAGUUUAGCGUUUAGGUACAGAGUCGUUCCACUGCUGCUCAGAUCAAACCUUAAACUUGUGAUUCCACAGAUAUCAGUGUGUUUUCUUUUAUGUUCCAACAACAUGAAAUGAAUCUUGUUAAUUUGCUUUUCCAUUCCAGAGUUAAAUGAACAUUUUAUUCUGUUUACGAGGUGCACAGAUGCUUCCUGUUUUCACAUUAAAAGGCGUCAAAAAUGUGUGAAACAAUGAUACUGUAAUAAAAAGUGUCGUAAAUCCAAAA